AUGUCGUCCGACUCGAAGACACCUUCCAAAUCGAUCUUUGCAAAGCCCCCAGUCAAGAUCGUUGUGGGUAGUGAGGAACACGUUUACUACGUCCACCGUGGAACACUCGAGGUCCACCCCGCAUUUGAUGCCAGACUGAAGGCAUCAACUGACGAAUACGAGGAGGCGAUUGAUUGGAGCGGUUUUGACGAGCAGACAAUUGAUUGCGUAUUGAGCUUUCUUUAUACUGCAGGCUACCAAGCACCCCAAGUGACCUCCGUGGCAGAUGAGGAAGAUGAGGCAGAUGCGGGGGAAGAGGCCCCAGCGCAGGCUGAGGAAGAAGAUCAAGAGCAAGAAGAACAAGAAGUAGCGGUUGACGAAGCGGAGGAAGUGGAUGAAGAAAAUGAACCAACUUCACCACCUGAGAGCCCGCAGUCACAACCUUCAUGGCCACACUCACCAUCUCCAAUAUUUCCUGCCCGUGCAAGGUCACUGUCACCAGUUGCAGAGUCCUCCAUAGCCCCAGACUCCCCACCAUCAGAGGCCCUAUCAGAGCUCGACCUAAAUGACCGACCCCUCACUCCUCUGGAAUAUUGCGAUGGAGUCACCUUGGCCACGGAGCAGACCUCAGCACAAAAGGUCACCGACCAUGAAAAGCAAGACCAAGACCAAGAAGAGCCAGAACAAGAAACCGAAGGAAACAAUGCCGCCGAAAUUUAUCUCCACGCCAAAGUUUAUUCCUUCGCACGUCAGCUUGAAUUUGACAAAUUGGAGCAAUUCGCUCUAAACAGUCUUGCCCAGGUCCUUGUUUCCUUAGAGCAGACAGACAAGGUCCUUUUCCCGUAUUUGGUGGAUGCAAUCCGACUCAUCUACAAAACGACCAGUGCGGUCGACGAUGCAAGGAACUUGCUAUCUCAGUUCGUCGCACUGCGGUACACCACAUUGGUUGGAGAGGAUCUGGACGAACUUAUUACAGAGGGAGGAGAGUUUGUGGUCGAUUUGUCGCAUAAGCUUGCGAGAAAGCUGUCCACCAUUACGAUGGCAUUGAAGAGGGUUGAGUAUCUUACCCAGAAGAAUGAGGAGUUGAAGGCAGAAAGUGCAGAGAAAGAUAAGGAGCUGAAGACUUUGAGGGAGGAGGUUAGACAUGUGCCAGCACAGGGAUUUCCAGCUUUCACGUAUCAAAUUUGA